GAGAGAGAUUAGACAGAGGGAGGGAGAGAGAGACAGAGAGACAGAGACAGAGAGAGAAGGAGGGAAGGAAGAGGGGAAUAGCGUGAGCGCGUGCUAGCUAGCUAGCUAGCAAAGCAGAGAGACAGACUGAGAUAGGGACUAAGACAGAGACCUAGAGAAAGAGAAGAAGCCUCGUUUUAUCAAGGCUUAGCCUCCAACUUGUUUCAGUUCAUUUAUCCUUUUUUCUUCUCUGCUUCGGGGAAGUGACUGUGGCACUCGGUCUCUCCAAGCUGCUGUCUAGUCUAAGAAGAUGAUAAUCACACAAAUGUGGCAUUUCUAUGUGACCAGAUUUGGACUUCUUUUCCUGAUUAGUAUUCUCCCUGGAACCACUGGCCAAGGGGAAUCAAGACGGCAAGAACCUGGGGACUUUGUGAAGCAAGAUAUUGGCGGCCUCUCUCCCAAGCAUGCUCCAGAUAUUCCUGACGACAGCACUGAUAACAUCACUAUCUUCACUAGAAUCUUGGAUCGGCUUCUGGAUGGCUAUGAUAACCGGCUUCGACCUGGGCUUGGAGAUGCAGUGACUGAAGUGAAGACAGACAUCUAUGUGACCAGUUUUGGCCCUGUUUCAGAUACUGACAUGGAAUAUACUAUUGAUGUAUUUUUUAGACAAACAUGGCAUGAUGAAAGACUGAAAUUUGAUGGACCCAUGAAGAUCCUUCCACUGAACAAUCUUCUGGCUAGUAAGAUAUGGACUCCUGACACCUUCUUCCACAAUGGCAAGAAAUCAGUGGCUCACAAUAUGACCACACCCAACAAGCUGCUCAGACUGGUAGACAAUGGGACCCUCCUCUAUACAAUGAGGUUAACAAUACAUGCUGAAUGUCCUAUGCAUUUGGAAGAUUUCCCCAUGGAUGUGCAUGCUUGCCCACUGAAGUUUGGAAGCUAUGCCUAUACUAAAGCUGAAGUGAUUUAUUCUUGGACUCUCGGGAAGAACAAAUCUGUGGAAGUAGCACAGGAUGGCUCUCGCCUGAAUCAGUAUGACUUGCUUGGCCAUGUUGUUGGGACAGAGAUAAUCCGGUCUAGUACAGGAGAAUAUGUCGUCAUGACAACCCACUUUCAUCUGAAGAGAAAAAUUGGCUACUUUGUCAUCCAGACCUACUUGCCAUGUAUCAUGACUGUCAUUCUGUCACAAGUGUCUUUCUGGCUUAAUAGAGAAUCUGUCCCUGCCCGCACAGUCUUUGGUGUCACCACUGUUCUCACUAUGACCACCUUGAGUAUCAGUGCCAGAAACUCCUUACCUAAAGUGGCAUACGCGACGGCCAUGGACUGGUUCAUAGCCGUCUGUUAUGCCUUUGUAUUUUCUGCACUGAUUGAAUUUGCCACUGUCAACUACUUCACCAAGCGGAGUUGGGCUUGGGAAGGCAAGAAGUUACCAGAAGCCCUGGAGAUGAAGAAGAAAACACCAGCAGCCCCAACAAAGAAAACGAGCACCACUUUCAACAUCGUGGGAACCACCUAUCCUAUGAACCUGGCCAAGGAUGCUGAGUUCUCUACCAUCUCCAAGGGUGCUGUUCCCAGUGCUUCUUCAACUCCAACAGUCAUUGCUUCGCCAAAGGUCACUUAUGUUCAGGACAGCCCUGCUGAGACCAAGACCUACAACAGUGUCAGCAAGGUUGACAAAAUUUCCCGUAUAAUCUUUCCUGUGCUUUUUGCCAUAUUCAAUCUUGUCUAUUGGGCUACAUAUGUAAAUCGGGAAUCAGCUAUCAAGGGCAUGAUCCGCAAACAGUAGAUAAUAGUGGUGGCACAGCACCCACUGUAUACCCCGUGAAGCAUCCAAACACCCAAAAUCCAGGGUUCCCUUUAUGUGUUUCAUGAUUCUUCUUUUCAACCCUGUUCCAAGAUGAGUGUAAUCACUUUCUCAAUUCAUAUUUAUAAACUUCAAUGACAAUGUAGCAACAGAAAAAUGACUUGUCCCUUGAACAUUGCUUGGAUUGAGCCAAACACUGCCAUUUGUCCAGUUGCUUAUCUUAGUGUGCCAGUCUCCCCCAGCUGAGGACACUGCAUGUGUUUAAUUUCACUCUGCCCAACAAAGAAGGAACAGGAGACUCUACUUUUUCUAAUGGAAACCUUGGCUGUAUGAAGUCCAGGGUGUUGAGAUACAGGAGCAUAUUAACUGGGCUGCAUUGGAUGAUUCUGACUCACUAUGGAGUUAGGCCCAGCUGUCUCAUAUAAUCUUAUCAAUCUGGCCCCUCCCAUGCCUCCAGCAAGGCCUACUAGAUAUAUGAACUGGUAGAAUGGGAAGAAGCCUGUGCAAACUUCUGAAGUGACCCCUAAAUAGUUCCUUGCCUUAGAAGUUAGUGGAGACAAUUAAGGCUCAACUCUGUCAAACAUGUAUGGUCAAAAGAGAGAGAGAGAGAGAGAGAGAGAGAGAGAGAGAGAGAGAGAGAGAGAGAGAGAGAGAGAGAACUAGUUGGGUCAUUCCUGCAUUAAAAGUGUGGGUUCUACUCUAGUUUCAGUCAGCCCCUCAAGAAAGUAGCAUCUCAAUAUAUGUCUCCUUCAGGAAAGCCUCAACAACACCGAGUCCCUUAUAGCCACCUGAGUAUUGCUUACUGUGGAUUCAUGGCUGCCUGCAAACUCUUCAGGAAAAAAAAUGAACAGACACUUUUAAGCCAAAUUUAAAAGGUACACAUACACACAAAAUGAUCUAGAUCAAAUGCCUAUAUAAGAAUUGUUCAUUGGACCACUCAUAUGGUUUUUUUCUUUGAGUUUGCUCAAAAAAAAAAAAAAAAGAAUUGUUCAAAGAUGAGGAAUCUAAGAAACUCACCUCCCUGCCAAUGCAACUUGUCAAAUAGUAGAUGGAAUAAGAUGGUUGGUAAUGUUUGAAGGCUGAAAUCUGCCUCAAAAGAAAGGGCCACAAACAGGAGAAAGCGAAACUUUUCCUUCUACAUUGUACAUAUUGUGCUCCUCUUUCAGGCUCAGUCACUUUGCUCCAAUUAUGUCAAGGACUUCUUACCCACUUUGGAUGCUGAUUGCAAUGAAGGGUGAAUUGCAGAUUCAUACAAAUAUCUCUACUUAUUUUUGAGUCAGUUAAAUCAUUAACUUUAUUACCAAUUUUAUAAUGUAUUAGAGGACAUUUAAUCUCAGUUUGUUCUUAAAUAUAAGCAAAAAGAACAGACAUAAACACACAAUUUUUAUAAGGUAGUCCCAGAAGUUUGAAUAAUUUGACUGGAGUUCUUAGAAAUGUCUUUAAUAAAGAAAUAUCCUAUGCCCAUUUCCAAAGGCCAAAAUGAAGGAAUAACUGAGAAGCCAGGGCCAUUCUUAACUUAGAAUGAGCACAGCCACAGUGGGCCCUCUGGGUCAUGAAGACAGUUUGACACUAUAAAGGUCUUUAGAAAGGUAACAGUACAUUACCCAAGAUCACCUCUAGUAGUAAUGACUUGAAGGAAUGAGACUGUUUAAUACAACAGCCCCAGCCACUUUGGAUCUGAAUAGCUCAAUUAGUCCAGAGUAUCCAGAGGGUCCAAAGUAAAGCCACAAGUAGCACCACAAGCAGAUUCUCUGCCCACCCACUGAACAAAGCUUCUAAGGGAUGUGUCAUUAGCUGCUGGUUGCCUUUUCAUUCAUCUUUCCCUUAUCCCUUGCUUCCUUGCCAUUGCUGGGAUAAUGCAUGCCAGUCCCAUUAUUCUUAAGACUGUGUCUGUAGGUAAAUUUAUGACUAGAAGAGUGUAGUCUUGUGGAUGUGUAGGAAUGGGGGGGUGGGGGGCUGUUAAUGAUUGUCUUAAGGAAUUUAAAAUGGAACCUUGACCUUUGCCUCUCUGUAGAAAUUGUGUUUCAAAAUGCUUUGGUGCAAUGUUUAGUGGCUGUUUAUUAAAACCCUUUAUGAAUUGUA